AUGGAAUGGGCAACAAAUUUAAUAUCAGAAAUUUAUAAAUAUCUUAGCCAUCGUGAUGAUACAGCUAUCGAUCGUCUCAAUCGUUUAUAUACUGUGACACUUCUAUCAGCAUUUGUUACAUUGAUUUCUUCUCAACAAUAUAUUGUCGGUGGACGUAUUAUUUGUUGGACACCACAAGAAUUCACUAAAGCACAUAAUACAUAUUCGGAUGAUAUAUGUUGGUUAGGCCAUAGAAAUUAUUAUGUACCAGAAAAUGUUACUAUAUUAGAUAGUCCAUCAACGCCAAGAACUUAUCCAUUUUUAAUCUAUCCAUGGCUACCAAUAAUUCUUAUUGCUAUGACUGUAAGUUUUAUUUUACCAUAUUUAUUAGUGUGGCAUGGAUUAUCGGCAAGGUUUGGCAUUGAUAUAAAACGAUUAAUACAAUUAGAUGAUCCAGUAGCAUCAUCUCGAUCAAUACAUUUUGUAUUAUCUCAAAAUUAUUCAAUAAAAAAUCAUAGACGAUGUUAUGUUAUAAGUAUAUAUUUACUGAUGAAAUUUUCUUAUAUUAUUAUUUUAUUUGGCCAACUUAUUCUUAUCAAUAGAUUAUUAACAGGAGAAUAUUUUAUAAUUGAUAUUCAACAAAUCUUCAAUAUUCUAUCUGUUAAAUAUAAUAUGUGGUCAUCAGCGCAUAUACCAAUUGAAACAAUGUGUGAUUUUAUGGUUCGAAUGUUAGGUCAAAAUAAUAAUUGGUAUACAGUACAAUGCAUUCUACCAUUUAAUUUAUUUACUAAACGAAUAUUUGCUUUAUUAGCAAUAUGGUUCAUAAUUUUAUUCAUUUUAAAUAUUAUUGAUUUCGUCUACAUUUGGCUAUGGAAACGUCUAUGGUUAAGUUCACAUAGAUAUGAUUAUGUAUUUAAUUUUUUUGAUUUAUAUGAAAUCUAUCUGGAUAACAAGAAAGAUGAUCAUAGACUAAGAUUGGCAACUACGAAUAGCCGAAUACUACGUCAAGAGUUUGUUUAUAAAUAUUUAAAUAUAGAUGGUUAUUUGUUACUCAAAUUGUUACAUGAAAAUUCGUCUGAUAUAAAAAUGAGUUAUCUUGUGGCUAAUCUUUUUAAACAGUUUUCACAAGAAAAAAAUCAACAAUAUCAAAUCAUUCAACGACAUGAUAGUAGUACUGAUGUAUAA